AUGCCCCCACGACGCCGCGGGUACGGCAUAUACUCAGGAACCACGAAAUCUGGCGAAAGCAAACACCCCGAACCAGAGGACACCGAAGACGAAGAACAAGGCAGAAACACCUUCACCGUAGAAGCAGCAGAUACAGGAACAGCGGGCGGAGUUUGCUGUGGCGGUAACACCUCCUCCGACAAAGCAGGAGACACAGAAGAAACGGCCGUAGACUCGAGAGGCGGCAAAACCGCCGACGACGAAAUAGGGAACAGGGGAGGGGGCACGGAACCCUCAGAGCGUGCAGCUUUCUUCAGCACCACCACCAGGUUGCCACACUCACCCUCAACCUCGCUAAGGGGAAACAACCCCCACGAGGAACCGGAACCAUCCGACGUGGGUGACGCACCCGAAGCAAGAGCCACAAGCUCCACACCGGCUCCCACCCCUACAGCAGGAGCCACACCAGGGCCUACACCAUCCACCGGAACCACACCAGCACCAGACGCACCAUCCUCGCACUCCACAUACGAGUAG